AUGUUGUCGACGUCAUAUGCAUUUUUCGCCGCGAUACACCAUUCUGACCGACUAUACGUGCCAUGUUGCUUCAGGUUUUUCCGGUCGGCUGUCCUGGCCGAGCUGGGGCGCGCUGGUAGGAAGUGGGAGUGGGCGAAGCCUUCGAAUGCAGUGUUGGAGGAUAGGCUCGCCGACUGCGAUCACCCCUUUCACGAUAAAGUGCCCGACACCGUCCGGGACGGGGACGCGGGCUCCGGCCUGCUAGCAAUGAGCUCGUUGUGCUGGGUGGUGAGGCGGAUGGAUCGCCUGACCGGCGACCUCCGUCGCAGUGAAACCACCAUGGACAGGGAAGGGGAGGGCCAUGAGGAUCGUGAGGAGGAGAAGGGGGGGGGCUCGGCGGAGGAGGAGGAGGAGGAGGAGGAGGAGGAGGAGGAGGAGGAGGAGGAGGAGGAGGAGGAGGUGGAGGAGGAGGAGGAGGAGGAGGAGGAGGAGGAGGAGAAGGAGGAGGAGGAGGAGGAGGAGGAGGAGGAGGAGAAGGGUCAGCAAGAGGGGGAGCAGGGGGAAGAGGUGGAUCGGGAGUGGGAGCAGCUGGAGGUGGAGUACAGCGUGGUCGACAUCCUGAAGCAGCACUGGGCUACUGUUGGAUCGCCCCGCAAGGGCCAAGGAGGGGGGAGUGCAGAUGGGGGUCCCGCCGACGAGAGAGCCGCUAAAGACGCCGUCCCAAGUGCUCCGCCAUUGGUCGCCGAGAAGGCAGCUCGUCAGGCGAGCGGUGGGAAAGGGUUGAGCGACAGGGAGAUCCCCACCGCGAAAACGGUGACAGUUGAUGCCGCCAGAACCGGCCAAGGGCUGAAUGCCGUGGUAGCGGAGGCGUCAUCGCUUCCUCAUCAGCCUCCCGCGGGUGGCCGCCCUCCGACUGGCCCUUCUGCCGACAAGGGCAAUGUGCCGCCCCCUGCCGACGUCCCAUCUGCCGCCAACAUCGGUGUGAAUCCUUCUGCGGCUGGACGCGCGGGGCAAGGGGCGAGGGCCGCGCAUCGGAAGGCCGAUGCAGAGGAAGGGAAGGCGAGGACAACACGCGCGAUGUCAGCGGUGACAGGGAAGGAGAAGGCGGCGGAGAAUCAGGAGAAGUCGGUCGGCGAGGGUAAGUGUGACAACAUUCUCGGCAAAUAUCGAGCGUACAAGAGCUCAGGCGAUGCGCUCCACGACGCGCUCUUACCGACGAUCUGGUUCUCCAUUGAGGCCGACACGAAAGAAGACCAGGAGAAGUCGGAUGCUAUCAUUUCGGCCCUGAUCGGUCGCGUGUCCAUGUGCGCGGCGUUUGGGAAGGUCGCUGCGAGCAUGGCGAGGAAGGCGGGAGACACGGAGGAGAUGACGGAGAUGACGGCACAGGCGUUAGCGGCCUCCGCUUGCGCCGUCUGGUGCUUCGUCGAGUACGACGACGCCCAGGUGCUCGAUGCUGUGAGCGAAGGGAAGGCGGUGGCGAUGGUGGCCGGUGCGAGCGAGUCGACCGCCGAUGUAUUCAAGAAGGUCAUACAUGUGGUUUUGGACGCCGAGAUCAACAGGGAGCGACCCCUAGGGGAGGUUGCUCACAACGCCGCACCGGCGCUGCAGAGCCUCGCCCUGCAAAGGGUCUAUCCGGGUGGAAAUGCCGACGUCGAUGCCAAGAUGGAGUACGAUUUUGACCACAAGGGGACGAAGGGGCAGAGGGGCAGGCAUGGCAAGGAUAGCACGAGGAAGGAGAAGAAGGGCAAGAAGGGCAAGGACAGCACGGCGGAGUAG